AUGGCGCCUCCCGGCCGUCGGAGAGCACAGCUCUCGCCCGCUACGAUGCUCCUCGGGCUCUUCUUGCUCUUCUCGUCGACCGCCUCGGCCGCAUCUGCAGUUCUGGGCGUGGACCUGGGCACCGAAUACAUCAAAGCCGCGCUCGUCAAGCCUGGUGUUCCGCUCGAAAUUGUCCUCACCAAGGACUCGAAACGUAAAGAGACGUCCGCUGUGGCAUUCAAGCCCUCAAAGAGCGGACCUCUACCCGCCGGUUCAUACCCGGAGCGUUUCUACGGCGGCGACGCCAUCGCCCUACAGGCGCGAUUCCCCGCAGAUGUAUACCCAAACCUGAAGCACCUCCUUGGAGUGCCGCUUGACAGCGACAUCGUCGGUGUGUACAAGGAGCGAUACCCUGCACUCGAUGUUGUAUCUACAGAGAACCGCAAGACAGUCAGCUUCAACGACGCCUCAUUCGCUGCUGGCUCAGAGAAGCCUUUCUCCGUCGAGGAGCUGCUGGCCAUGGAAUUGAAGAACGUACGGGAGAACGCAAAGGCGCUGGCAGGCAAGGGCUACGAUGUCCAGGACGUCGUCUUCACCGUCCCGCCCUUCUACACCGUUGCCGAGAGGCGCGCGCUCGAAGUUGCCGCACGACUGGCUGGCAUGAAGGUCCUCAGCGUCGUCUCGGACAGCUUGGCUGUUGGUAUCAACUACGCGGUUAGCAGGACCUUCCCGGACAUCACAAAGAAAGGCAAGGCUGAGAUCAACAUGGUCUUCGACAUGGGCGCUGGAUCAACCUCUGCCACCGUUCUCCAGUUCGCUGGCAGGAGCGUCAAGGACGUCGGCAAGCGCAACAAGACCAUCCAAGAGGUUCAGGUUCUUGGUGUUGGCUGGGACAAGACCCUUGGAGGUGACGCUCUCAACUCGCUCAUUGUCGACGACAUUGUCUCCACCUUCGUUGCCCUCCCGGGUGCGAAGAGCGCAUCCAUCACCGCCGAGCAGGUCAAGGGCCAUGGACGCACGGCUGCGAAGCUGUUCAAGGAGGCCGAGCGCAUCCGUCAAGUUCUGAGCGCCAACAGCGAGACGUCUGCAUUCUUCGAGGGUCUUUACGAAGAUGUCGAUCUCCGCUACAAGCUCUCGCGCGCCACUCUCGAGAAGCUCACCUCUGAUUUCGCUGCCAGGGUCGACGUGCCCAUCGAGAACGCGCUCAAGGCCGCUGGCUUGACCUGGAAGGACAUCGAUUCGGUCAUUGUUCACGGAGGCGCAACACGUACUCCCUUCGUCCAGAACCGCCUUGAGAAGCUCGCAACCAAAGCCAAGAUCCGAGCCAACGUCAACUCCGAUGAGGCUGCUGUAUUCGGUGCCGCCUUCAAGGCUGCGGGCCUCAGCCCGUCCUUCCGCGUAAAGGAGAUUCGUGACAUCGACACUCAGGGUUUUGAACAUGGUAUCCAGUACAAGUUCAACCUCAAGGACCGCGACCAGAAAAUCUUCACGCCUAACACCAAGCUGGGCGUGACAAAGGAUCUGCCUUUCCAGAUGAUGGGCGAGUUCGAAUUUGAAAUCUACCAGUCAAUUCCGGGUGCCAAGGGCGCUGUCAAGGAGCCUGUUCUCCACUUCCAGAGCGGUAACCUCACAAGGGUUGUCACCAGGAUGAUUGACGAUCAAAAGUGCGACCGCGACUCAUUCAACAACUACGUUCAGGUCAGGUUAAGCCCUAUCACCGGUACCCCAGAGGUACUGUCCGCAUGGGUGACUUGCGAGACUGAGUCUGUGGACGCCAAGGGUGGUAUCGUUGAUGGUGUUAAGAACUUGUUUGGUAUGGGCGGCAAGAAGGACCAGGAGCCACUGAAGGAUGGUGAGAGCGCCGAGGAGUCGUCUUCGUCUUCCAAGGCAUCUAAGUCCACCAAGUCUGGCAAGUCUUCUUCGUCCUCUUCUUCGGCAGCGGCUGAGAGCAGUGAUGCUGCCGAUGCUGAGCCAAAGAGGAAGCUUGUCAGGUCUGCCAUCACGUACGACGUCAAGCAGCUCGGCUACGAGAAGCACCCUCGCAAGGAAUUGAAGAGAAUGCAUGACAGACUCGCUGCGUUCGACCACUCAGACAAGUCUCGUCGUGUACGCGAGGAGGUUCUGAACUCUCUCGAGGCCUUCACCUACCGCGCUCGCGACUAUCUUGAGGACGAAUCCUUCAUUGGAGCUUCCGUUCCCGCUGUCCGAACCACACUGGAAGAGAAGCUCAGUGCUGCCUCUGACUGGCUCUACUCUGAGGGCACUGAAGCCGGCGAGAAGGAGCUCAAGGCCAAGCUGAAGGAGCUCGAAGACAUUGUCAACCCUGUUCUCAAGCGCAAGACUGAGGCUAUCAAGCGCCCCGACGCCAUCAAGGAGCUCAAGGACACCAUCGCCCAUAUCCAGGAGGUCUCACAACUUGUCGACAGCCAGAUCAAGACUCAAAUACACGAGAGCUCUAAGAGCAGCGAAGCCGUUGCAGCCGCCUCCAAAUCAUCUGCCACCCCUUCUCCCUCCACCAAAGACGAGCUUGACGAGCUCGAGGAAGGUGACGUCUCUUCCUCCGCCGAACCCGCCGAGCCCGAGAUCACCGAAGUCCCCACCAUCUACACCGAAGACGACCUAAAGAAGGUGCAAGACACCAUCGCCUCGUCGCAGAAAUGGCUCGAAGAGAACGAAGCCAAGCAAGCCAAACUCGGCCCCACCGACGACCCAGCCUUCACCGUCAAAGACCUCCAAGCCGAGAAGAAGCGCAUCGACGACGUCGUCAUGGACAUGAUGAUGAAGAAGAUGCGCCACUUCAAGCCCCCCGGCCAACAAAAGCCCAAAGCCUCCAGCAAGCCCAAGCCCAAGAAGGCUAAGAAGCCCGCGGCGCCGAAGAAAGACGCCGGCGAGGCUCCUACCGACGAGGAACUCCAGGAGGCGCUGAAGAAGGCUGGCGUUGACUCGGAUAAGAUCAAGUUGAAGAACUUUGGCCACAAGGAUUCGAUGACGGAUGAGAUGGGCCGGAAGCUGAAGAAACUCAAUAUCGAUGAGGAUUCGAGCGAGGAGGAUAUUUUGAGGGCGAUUGAUGACUUGACCAAGGAGCAGGGGGAGAAGGAGAAGGAGGGAGAGAAGCAUGAUGAGUUGUGA